AUGUUAUUUUAGUUGCAUUUGAUGCUUUUAGUGAUGGUGAAAGUUAGUUAUCAAGCAUGCAGAAGUUAGGGUUGUUGGAAUUGUUCAAACUAAAGAGAUUGUUGUGGUGAUUGUAGAUGUUAGAAUUCAUAAAAAUUUUAAAUAACAAUUGAUACAUUUGGAUGUGAUAAAAAUAAAUGCAAAGAGUAUGAUGAUGAUGAAUGUGAGGAAUGCGUAGAUGGUUAUUAUUUAAAAGAUCAUAUCUGUUAUCUUUGUACUUACCCAUGCAUAGAAUGUUCGAGUUAGAAAUGUGAAAAAUGUGCUUAUGGUUAUAAAUUAAUCAAUCAUCAAUGUAUUUAGUGCUAAAAGCCACUUUGCAAAAGUUGUGAAAAUAAUAUAAAUCAAUGUUAAACAUGUGUAGAUAAUGCAUCUUUAGAUACUACUGAUUAUUCUUGCAAAUGCUGGAAUACUUACAUUUCAGAUGGGAAAUAGUGCAAAUAGUGUAAUUAAAGAUGUUAAGCAUGUUCUACUUCAUUUGAUAUCUGUAGUUCCUGUAAGAUUAUCGCACAUUUAUCAUUAAAUCCAAUUAAUGGAAAAUGUAAUUGUGAUGAUGGAUAUUAUUGGGAUUCAAAUUCUUGUUAAUUAUGUGCAAAUCCAUGUACUACAUGUGAAAAUUCAUCAACAUAUUGUACAUCUUGUAAUGAUUAAUUAUUAAUGGUAAAUAAUGAUAAUAUCUGUGCUUGUAAACCUGGUUAUUUAAGUUCACCAAGUAAUUCUUAUUUAUGUGAAUUAUGCUCGAAUGACUGUUUUACAUGUGCAGAAAUCAGUAAUAAAUGUACUUCAUGUUAUGAAAAUUAUUUAUUAAAUAAAGAUACAAAUACUUGUUAUUGUCCUGAAGGAUUUUAUGAAGUGAAUAAUACAUGUAAUGAAUGUAAUAAACUUUGUUCUAAAUGUUUAUCAUAAGCCAUUUGUAUAGAAUGUAUUGAAAAUACUUUAGUUUAAUAUUAAAAUCAGAUAUGCAAUUGUAUUGAUGGAUUUUAUUAUGAUAUUAUUGAAUUAAAAUGUUUAGAGUGUGAUUAGACAUGUAAAACAUGUUCAAAUAGAUAUACAUGUAUUACUUGUAAUUAGGAAAUGAAUAGAACUUUAAGUAAUGGUAAAUGUAUUUGUAAUAACAAUUAUUUUUUAAAUUAAAAUGAACUUUGCAUAUCUUGUUAAUCUAAGGAAGCUAUUCCUAUUGAAGUAUGUAAAUAUAAAGAUUGUAAUGAUGGUAUAUGGACUUAUGGAGAGUAAUGUGAUGAUGCUAAUUAUUCUUCUAGAGAUGGUUGUUUUAAUUGUAUCUUAGAACAUUAGUAUUACUGCAUCAAUGAAUUACUUAAACCAUCUAAGUGUUAAAAAUGUUAGGAAAAUUGUGAUAUUUGUGAAUAUGAUUAUAUAUACCAAAAACCUAUAUGUAAAAAAGCAAUUGAUGAAUACUAUAUAGAAAAUUUUACUCGAAUUAAUAAAUGCUAAGAUAAAUGCUUACAUUGCGAAUUUACUUCUAGUUAAUGUACUUAAUGCAGAUUUGUUAACAUUAACAAAUCUUAUAUGAAUUGUUAAUUAUGUGAAUACAAAUAAGGAUAUUAUUCAGAUUAUGAAAAUAAUUUAUGCUAUUCUAAAUGUGGUGAUGCAAUAAUGUCUGAUAUUGAAUAAUGUGAUGAUGGAAAUCUAAUAAAUGGAGAUGGUUGUAAUGAUCGUUGUUUGUUAGAAAAGAACUUUGAUUGUGUUAAUGGUAUUUGUAACAAAACAAAAAAUCCAAUUCCAUCUGCUUAAGAAAAUUUAAUAUAUGAUUUAUACACUCCAAAAAGAUAAGUAAUAAUACAUUACGAUCAAGAGUUAAGAUUAUCUUAAUAAUUUGA